GGCGGCUGCGCGUGGAGGGAGCUACCCGGGACCUUGCUUCUUUUUUUUCUCACACACACACUCUGGCUGCGUGGGUGGAUUGGAAAUCACUGUCAAGCUGUGAGAGAAAGUGUGUGUAAGCGAGAGAGAGAGAAAAAAAAAGUUUCAGGGGGCGAGAGAGGCUUUUUAUUCGCGGCGUGGAGGAACUUUUAGAUCAGAGUUUGCAAGUUGCUCGUUGCUGACUGACUGAGGCUGAGGAGAGAAGACUUUUCGGGCACCAUGUCUCGCACGGAUGAAGUGCAUCGUAUGACCGAGAGUGUCUACAAGACUAUUAUGGACCAAUUCAACCCCAGCUUGAAAAACUUCAUUGCAAUGGGAAAGUCUUAUGAAAAGGCACUUAGCAGCCACAUGGGUGCAGAGAAAAUUUGGAUCAAGAAAGCCAGAACAGGUAUGACCUUUGCUGCAAAAGGCUAUUUUGAGGCCCUAGUGAAGAUGGGUGAACUUGCCAGCGACAGUCAUGCAUCCAAGGAGAUGGGGGAUGUUUUGUUCCAGAUGGCAGAGGUCCACAGACAAAUUCAGAUACAGCUUGAAGAAAUGUUGAAAGUGUUCCACAAUGAUCUGCUGAUGCAACUGGAACAGAAGGUUGAGUUAGAUGCUAAAUACUUAACUGCAACGUUGAAGAAAUAUCAAGCUGAACAUAAAGCCAGGCUAGAGUCAUUAGAAAAGUGCCAUGCAGAACUGAAGAAACUUCGGAGAAAGAGCCAGGGGAGUAAGAACCCACAGAAAUAUGGAGAUAAAGAAAUGCAGUUUGUGGAGACAAUAAGCAAAAAGCAAUCUGAUCUGGAUAGCUACACUGGAAAUGGUUACAAAACAGCAUUGAGCGAGGAACGUAGACGCUACUGCUUUCUGGUCGAAAAGCAGUGUGCAGUUGCCAAGAAUAACAUGGUAUACCAUAGCAGGGGCAAGGAUAUGAUAACACAAAAACUUCCGAGCUGGCAACAGGCUUGUAGUGAUCCUUCCAAAAUUCCUGAGCGGGCAAUGUCGUUGGUGCAACAGAUGUCUUCAGGCAAUGGAGGAACCCUCAUCUCUGAGCCUGUUGCUCCCUCCAAGUCAGGACUGGUUAUAUCAGACCCCAUUCCUGGUGCUAAACCUCUACCAGUACCACCAGAACUUGCACCUUUCGUUGGUGGAGGUGGAUUAGGUCAAGGUUCUCGCAUGAUGGGCCAGGAUAUUCCAUCAGUGCCCAAUGGUGACCUGGCAAAUGCAAAUUCUGCAGACUAUCAGCAACCUGGCCAGCCUGAUGCCAAACCAAAGCCUCCUACACCGCCCCAACUUCCAAAACAACAGUCUGAUGUCUAUUCAAACACUCUACCCACACGCAAAGCAAUGCCAUUGAAAGCCAGUCCUUUGUCAGCUGAGACCAGAACUUUACCCAGAUCCAGUUCCAUGGCUGCUGGGUUAGAAAAAAAUGGAAGAACCAAAGUGCAAGCUAUUUUCUCACAUCAGGCAAAAGACAAUAACACAUUGCUGAGCUUCAACGAAGGUGAUGUCAUCACGUUGUUGGUUCCUGAGGCUAAGGAUGGCUGGCAUUAUGGAGAAAAUGAAAAGACGCGUUUGAGAGGAUGGUUUCCCUUCUCUUACACUCGUGUAUUGCAGGGUGGAUUAUUGCACAAUUUGAACCAUCUAAAAAGCUGUAGCACUGGGAACCUCCUGCAGAAAGAAGAUCUCUCCAUUCCUCCACCUGACUACAAUUCAACUUUAAAAAUGACAUCUCAUCCUCUGUCCAGCUCAAGCACUUUUAAACCCAGGCCUUACAGUGUGGCAGUGCCAGGUUUCUCACAGGGCCCGAAGGUUGAUAAUUCAAGACUUUCUUUGAAUUCUGAUGCCGAGAUUGAAAAGUUUUGAAUUUAAACUUCUGCCACAUAUAAGACCUCUCUAGAUUAAGAAGCUGUUGCAAAUGUCAAAUUGAAGCCAACCAAAACAAAUGACAGAUCAGCUUCUAAAGUGAACUGACUACUGACGCUGCAAGGUUAUUACACUGUACACUUGCUGCUGGCAACAGAUGCCAAAGAUGUCUACAUCUGAAACUGCAUGACAACAGUGUCUUUACACUAGAAUUGACCCAUCUGGAGAUGGUCACUAAAGUUUAUGAUAUAUCAAUUGCACAUAUUGCUAUGGAAUUGCCACUUUGAAAUCCCACCCUCUUAUUCCUUGCUUUAUAUUUUGAGGGAUUAUGUGGAGGGAAUUGUUUAAUUACAUUUAUCUGACUAGGGGUUUGUAUGGUGUUUGUAAUUUGUGUUUAAGAAUUAGCCGUUAGUAUUUUUUUAUUAUAUACUUUAUACUAAUCAGCAUAUAAAAUAAUAUUUUACUACCUAGCUAUUUGUGGGAAUUGGUUAAAUGUCAACAUGUUAUAGAAACUAGAGUACUGCAAAAUUGAGAAUUAUUAAGCUAGUUAUAAAAUGUAUACUGUGCUUAAUUUCUAAAUGUAUUUUGGGAGAAGGAGAGUAAAGUAGAAAUCAGAUUAUGGAAUUUAAUGUAUAUAACUGAGCUAACUUUCACCCAAAGUUACCUCAAUGUGUUAAAAUUUUAAUGCCGCUCUUUGAUUCCUUGCUGUCACCAAUAAAUCUUCCAUAUCUUUUUGAAAAGAAUAAUUACUCAGGUGAUGGCAAAGGCAUUGUAUAAUCUGCAGAUACAGGAAUUUGUACUUUUUGUAGAAUUUUAGGUUUCACCUGUUUCUUUUCCACCCCAAACAAACAACACAAAAAAGCUAUCAAAGGCGAUUUCUCAUUCCAAUUUUAGUAUGUGUAAGUGCUUCCUUUUGCACUUUUCUUUAACUAUCAAUGCUGGUAGGUUAGUUAAGCGAGUAAAUAUAUAACUGAAGUCCCCAAGAACGAAGUCAUGCCUCUGUGCUACUGAGACUGAUAAACAGGAAGCAUAUGCUUAGGGAAACAUUCGUGCUUUUGCACAAAUCUCAGGGCGCAAUGGAUCAGAAAGAAUAUUUUAUGCCUUCUUUCACAUAUUUAGCAGCAUUACUUCUAAAUGGGAGAAGAAUUGGAAUUUAUUUUUGUUCUGCAAGUGGAGGAAAAUUUUGCAGUUUUCAGGUGGGGCAGUUAUGUGAUGUGAUAAUCCAUUCAAUACAGCAAUAGUUGAUGCUGACAUUUUUGUAAAUGGAACAUGUAAAGUUGUGUUGCUCACGGAUUGUUUAGACGAUGAAAUAACCAGUAUUAAUGAGCAAAAAUAACACACUCAAUGGGUCACUUUCUUCUCAUGAAUGUAAAGUGUUCUGUAAUCUUUUAAGAAAUUCUAUACGAUUAGUCAGUUAUGUAAAAAUCUUGUUAAUAUGUAAUGUCCCAUUUAUCCAAUUAUAAAGAAUCAAACUAUUGUCAUCAUUAAGGGAGCAGUGGUUAACUACUUAAAUGCUUUAUUACAAGAACCAAAUGACAUUUGUAAUUUUCUAUGAGUAAAGGCAGUGGAUUAAAAAUUUAAAAGAAACUUAUUGUUUCUGUCGCUUUGAUUUAUCUUGAGCUACUUGUAGAUGUUGAGAGAUAAGUAGCUGGGAAUUAGAAAAUUACUGGGGCUCUUGUGUUUAUUUUAACAAAGCAAUGAAUACCAAAUUGAACCGGUGUUGUUUAAUAUUUAUAGUUAUUUCAAAAAUGUGGCACUUCCAUUCUUCCUAGUCUCUUAUUCUGUGGUAUGGUGGAGAAUUAGCUACAGAAACAUAUCCACCUGCCGACUCAGUGCAUUUAAACCCUCAUGUUUUUCUUCAGUUCUUUAUUAAACACUCAUGCUUUUCCUUUUGACAUUAUUGCAGAAAUCUGGUUUACUCGGUGCCUUUCAUUUUUACAUAAGCUUCAUAAUGUAGUAAGACAUUGACUAUUGUUUAUAAUCUGUAUUGUAAUGCAGAUUUCAACAGCUGCCACUAUUCCAUAAAUCACUGUUUUGUGAAUUGAAUUGACCCAUUUGAAUCAUAUUAUUUGUAAUCAAAAAUGAUUUUGAUAGUAACU